AUAUGUCAGAAUUUUUUAGAGGCACAUGUUCUUUAAAUUUCAAAUUUAAUUUGGAAUUAUUUUUUAGCAUAUUGAAUAGAAUAAGGCAAUUGAAUAAUACUAGUGUCCAUAAUUUAAUAUUGGCGAAUAAUAUAACAUACAUAAUUUAAGGAUAUAUUCAAUUACAAAGUUAUUAAUAAUAUAACCCAAAAGUGUUUCCCUAUGAAUCGUGCACCAUGUCUAAAUCAGGAAAAAGUCGAAGUUCCUUAGGAAGUUCUACAUCAAUUUUAAAGAAAAGUUCCACUUUAAAGAAACGUCUUAGUGAAAUUGUACAGCCAGCAUCUAAGGUACGAUUCCAACUACCUCACAGUAAGAAAGUUCAAUCCAUACUUGAAGAAUUCAACAGAACAAAUGAGCCCAAACAGUAUCUUAGCUUAGUUUUCUUUAUACGAGAUGCAGAAUUACCUGAUAAUGAUAUAUCAGAGUUAUUGGUUGAAGCUACGGAGUGUAUUUCACUCCUCAAUCAAAAUAUGAGACUGUUUGUAGAAGCAUUACUUUCAGUUAAAUGGAUAGAUAGGGGUGAAGUAGUAAUAAAAGAAUAUCAGAGUUUUAUAGUAAAUUUAUUGAGUGCUCACAAUUAUCAUGCUAAAAUUGUUAUUGAUAGUUUAGUUAGUCAAUUUGUACCUAAAGAAAUAAGUCAGUCAGAAGAUGAAUGGGAUAAAUGUGCAAAUGUACACAAAUUAAUAAAUGUUAUAUUAACAGUAGUUCCAAUGUCAAAAGAAAUAUUAAAACAAUCUAUUAUAAGAUAUUAUCCCUACUACAAUAAACUAGCUCCAGCUCAACAUUAUUAUUUAUAUAAUUUGCUAUCAAUUAUAAAAUACCAACCCUCAUUUAGACCUGAUAUUUUUCACCUUAUUUUUUCAAAAUUAGUAAUUAUGGAUGUAAAUGCCCCUAAAGAAUUAAUUAACCAACAGAAAUUUGAUGAUGAAAUGUUUGAAAUGGACGAUGUAAAAUCAGUUAGGACUGUGCAAACAGGGUUUACAGUAGUUGACCGAACGCACCUAGGCACUGCUCUAGAUGGUUGCAUAGAUAUGAUUUUGAAUUAUAUUUUAAACGAAUGUAAAGAUGACAAAGACGAGUUCGAUUGGAUUAAAACAAAAAGCUUAUACCAUGAUUUGAUUACCGUUUUUGACAAGGUUGUUUUACCUACAUAUGGCACCCACUAUGUGCAAUUUAUAAUUUUUGUUUUAUGUAGUUUAAAACCCGUUUUGGCCGAAGCAUUUUUGAACCAUUUGUGGCAGAAAGUUUGCAAUCCUAAUAUUCCUGUUGUAUUAAGACAGUCAGCGGUCAGUUAUGUAGCUAGUUUUAUAGCUAGGGCGUUAUAUAUACCGCUUUCAAUGUUAAAAGGCACUUUGCAACAGAUGGCAGAAUGGAUACAUGCUUAUGCUGGGCACCAGGAUGGUUUGGAUUGCAUCAAUGCUGAUGUUAGGGUGCAUACUGUCUACUAUUGUAUAUGCCAAGCUUUGUUCUACAUCAUCGCUUUCCGGCAUAAAGAUUUAACAGCUAGUAAAAAAAAUGUAGUGUUUCUCCAAAGUUUGCAGCUAGGAAAGAUUGUAACUGGAAGAUUGAAUCCUUUGCGGGUAUGCCAGCCGGCAGUAGUCCGCAAUUUUGCAGCCAUUACCCGACAGUAUCAAUUAGCGUAUUGUUACACAAUAAUUGACCAUAAUGAAAGAAACGUGGUACCAACCAUCCAUCAAGAUGGUAAAGGAACACGGCAAAUAUCCGAUGGCAUACUUAGUGCCUGUUUUCCAUUUGACCCAUAUGUAUUGAGCCAAUCAGGUGAAAAAGUUCAGCCACUGUAUAGAGACUAUCAAGAAGAUGUAUGGAAUAAUGGCAUAGAGUUUGAUUCUAAAGAUAAUCAAGAAAUCGAUGAUUUUCUUGAUAACCCCAAUGAUGCGUCCACAUCAAGUAGCCUUCGAAACUCGCAAAAAUUCUCCUAUGGCAGUUCGCCAGGGUUUUUAUUUUAUAGUGUCUAUUGUCUCUUGUUUACGACAUUCGCUAUUAAUUUAAAAUAUCAAGUUUUUCGUUUCUAUAACUACAAUAAUUAUAACAUGUUUAGGUCCUUAGUUUUUGUUGCCAAUACCAACAGUCUUAAAAUAUUCAAAAAAGGAGAAUGUAGGCUUAAGUUUCAUCAUGUUAAUAAGAUUUUGUCGUGUACAUUUGCUACAACUCCUGUAAGCCAGAGAAAGAAAAUAUAUAAGGAUAUUAAAGAAGCGAUAAAAGAUAUUAAAGAUGGUUCGAAAUUGUUAAUUGGAGGAUUUGGACUAUGUGGCAUUCCUGAAAAUUUAAUAGGAGCUCUAAUACAGCACGAAGCUAAAGAUUUAGUGGUUGUGUCAAACAACGCAGGUGUAGAUAAAUUUGGUCUAGGUCUACUACUAAAACAAAAGAAAAUUAAACGUAUGAUAGCGAGUUAUGUAGGUGAAAAUGCAGAAUUUGAGAGGCAAUUUCUUUCUGGCGAACUUGAAGUCGAACUCACACCUCAGGGUACUUUAGCUGAAAGAAUUCGUGCUGGAGGAUCAGGUGUACCAGCCUUUUUUACACCUACUGCUUAUGGAACAUUAGUUCAUGAAGGUGGUGCACCUAUCAAAUAUGACUCUACCGGGAAAGUGGAAUUGGCCAGUAGCCAGAGGGAAUCCAGAUUAUUUGAAGGAAAAGAUUAUAUUAUGGAGGAAGCCAUUACUGGAGAUUUUGCCCUUGUAAAAGCUUGGAAAGCUGAUCCAGCUGGAAAUUUAGUAUUUAGGCUAUCGGCAAGAAAUUUUAAUCCGACUAUGGCAAGAGCAGCAAAGAUAACUAUUGCAGAAGUUGAGGAAAUCGUGGAAUUAGGUGCUAUUUCCCCAGAUGAGGUACAUUUGCCUGGAAUAUAUGUGGAUCGUGUUAUAAAGGGUGACAAGUAUGAAAAACGAAUUGAGCGUGUGACUGUACAAAAAACAUCUGAUAGUGCAGAUUCAGUGGUAAAAAGGAAUCCCGCUGCUGAAAAGCGUGAAAGAAUUGUACGCAGGGCUGCUUUAGAAUUUAAAGAUGGCAUGUAUGCUAAUCUAGGUAUCGGAAUGCCAAUGUUGGCAUCCAGCUACAUCCCCAAAGGCGUACAGGUAUUCCUGCAAUCCGAAAACGGGAUUUUGGGUUUGGGACCAUUCCCAGCUCCAGAAUGCGUUGACGCCGACCUAAUCAACGCUGGAAAGGAAACCGUAACCGUUGUUCCCGGAGCGUCAUUCUUCAGCAGCGACGAAAGCUUCUCAAUGAUACGCGGAGGCCAUAUCGACUUAACCAUUCUAGGAGCCAUGGAGGUGUCCCAAUACGGUGACCUAGCUAACUGGAUGAUACCAGGAAAGCUAGUGAAAGGUAUGGGCGGAGCCAUGGAUCUGGUAGCGGCUCCUGGUACUAAAGUGGUUGUAUGUAUGGAGCACUCGGCGAAGGAUGGGGGUAAGAAGAUUUUGGAGAACUGUACGUUACCCUUGACUGGUAGGGGGGUGGUUGAUCUGAUUAUAACGGAGAAGGCAGUUUUUACUGUGGAUAAGGAAGAAGGAUUAACGUUGAUCGAGUUGGCUGAAGGUGUGGGAGUUGAAGAUAUUUUGGCAUCGACAGGGUGCAACUUCCGGGUAGCUGAGGAUCUGAAACCUAUGGGUCAAGUGGAAGAUAAGUGUUAAAUAAUCGAAUAUAUUUGUUGUAAAUAAAAAUGUUAUAAAAAGGGGUGAAUAUUA